CUUGUGUGUAACGUUUCAAGGUGAAGAACUCUCGUGUGUAACGUUUCAAGGUGAAGAACUCUCGUGUGUAACUUUCAAGGUGAAGAACUCUUGUGUGUAACGUUUCAAGGUGAAGAACUCUUGUGUGUAACUUUCAAGGUGAAGAACUCUCAUGUGUAACGUUUCAAGGUGAAGAACUCUUGUGUGUAAAUCAUCGCCAUGGGGGAGAAGACUGACGAGGACGCCGAAUUCUCACCGGCCAAAGAAGCUUCGCCUGUGUCGGCACCCUCACCCGCCCCUCCACCACCACCACCCCCACCUCCGCCCGCGGCGACUCCUAAAGUCUCGAAACCGGCGCCAGCUCCAGCAAAGCCCGGACCGGCCACCGCCCCACCACAUUCGUCAGCCAAGAGACCCGUCGAGCCCGAGUGCACCUUCUGUGGCGUGCUGUGUUCCAUUCUCACCAACUUCGGGUAUUUCAUUUGGUUGGUUCUCGUCAUCCUUCAGCUGCUCACCAUACUGGCCUGUUCGCUGUUCCUGCUCCUGGUCCACUCAGACCUGGGUGACUUGCUCGCAGCUUACCAACCAGUAAGCCGGAUGGGGAUUUGUGUUUUAAAAAAAAACAAAAACUAAAACAACUUUUAAUUAAUUCUCACGUCUUACGUUUCCUCACUAAGUCUCACCUUAAGUGUCCUGUCUCAUGUCAUACUUAUCUUCAGCAAGUCUCACCUUAAGUGUCAUGUCUCAUGUCUUACUUGUCUUUAGCAAGCCUCACCUUAAGUGUCACGUCUAAUGUCUUACUUGUCUUCAGCAAGUCUCACCUUAAGUGUCACGUCUCAUGACUUAUUUAUCUUCAGCAAGUCUCACCUUAAGUGUCAUGUCUCAUGUCUUACUUAUCUUCAGCAAGUCUCACCUUAAGUGUCAUGUCUCAUGUCUUACUUAUCUUCAGCAAGUCUCACCUAAAGUGUCACGUCUAAUGCCUUAUUUAUCUUCAGCAAGUCUGACCUUAAGUGUCAUGUCUCAUGUCUUAAUUGUCUUCAGCAAGUCUCACCUUAAGUGUCACGUCUCAUGUCUUACUUAUCUUCAGCAAGUCUCACCUUAAGUGUCACGUCGCAUGUCUUACUUAUCUUCAGCAAGUCUGAACUUAAGUGUCACGUCUCAUGUCCUACUUGUCUUCAGCAAGUCUCACCUAAAGUGUCAUGUCUUAUGUCUUACUUUUCUUCAGCAAGACUCAACUUAAGUGUCACGACCUAAUUACUCGUCCCUGGUCAUGUUAAAUCAUUUUAUAUUUUUAUAGAAACUAUACAUAUUAUCUCACUUUGCUUCUCAUUAGAAACUAUACAUAUUAUCUCAUUUUCAUUCUCAUUAGAAGCUAUACAUAUUAUCUCAUUUUCAUUCUCAUUAGAAGCUAUACCUAGCUCACUUUCAUUCUCAUUAGAAACUAUACAAGUUAUCUCCCUUUUUUUGUCAUUAGAAACUGGACAUAAUAUCACACUUUCAUUAAAAUACACUGUUCAAUCUUGCACCCACAUACAUUUUCUGUCUGAACGAUACCACACAACAAUGCCCCCAAAGAUACUUGACAACGAUACCCUAAACCAGUGUUUCUCAAAUGGUGGUCCGCGGACCGGCGCCGGUCCGCCAGCCCUUACGUUGCGGGUCCGUACAACAUGAAUAUUUUUGGUCGAAUAAAAGAAAAUGUAAUUAAUAAACCUGGCAACGGUCCCUGAUGCAAUUUCAAAACAUGGCCACCGGUCCGCCAAACUUUAAAGUUUGGGAAACGCUGCCAUAAACAAAACCCCCCCCCCCCCCACUCCUCUACUUAUAUAAACAAUUGAUAUAUAUAUAUUUAUAUAUUUUUGGGCGAAUAAAAGAAAAUGUAAUUAAUAAACCUGGCAACGGUCCCUGAUGCAAUUUCAAAACAUGGCCACCGGUCCCCCAAACUUUAAAGUUUGGGAAACGCUGCCAUAAACAAAACCCCCCCCCCCCCCCACUCCUCUACUUAUAUAAACAAUUGAUAUAUAUAUAUUUAAAAAAAAAUUCAAAUGACCAGCCUUGCGUGACAAAAAAGUGCAUAGAAACCAGCGGAAGCAUACUGGGAAAGAUGAACUUGAGCUCAGACCCAUGCACGGACAUGUAUGAGUACGCGUGUGGUAACCAUGAUUCUAGAGCGAUCCUGGGUGUGGAGGAGACGAGCUUCAGCACGCUGGACGGCACCAGCAAGCAGAUCAAGAAGGAACUGCACAAGGUUAGUGGCGACAUCGUCGAGACCCCUUCCAGGAUUUCUGGCAACGUUUUCUGGGUCUAUUUAUAACAUAGUGUCACUCUCAUCUCACAAGGAUAAAAGAAGGUCAAUUUAUAACAUAGUGUUACUCUCAUCUCACAAGGAUCACGUAGGUCAAUUUAUAAUAUGGUGUCACUCUCAUCUCACAAGGAUCACGUAGGUCUAUUUAUAACAUAGUGUCACUCUCAUCUCACAAGGAUAAAAGAAGGUCAAUUUAUAACAUAGUGUCACUCUCAUCUCACAAAGAUCACGUAGGUCUAUUUAUAACAUAGUGUCACUCUCAUCGCACAAGGAUCACGAAUGUCUAUUUAUAACAUAGUGUCACUCUCAUCUCACAAGGAUCACGUAGGUCAAUGUAUAUCAUAGUGUCACUCUCAUCUCACAAGGAUCACGUAGGUCAAUUUAUAACAUAGUGUCACUCUCAUCUCACAAGGAUCACGUAGGUCUAUUUAUAACAUAGUGUCACUCUCAUAUCACAAGGAUCACGUAGGUCAAAUUAUAACAUAGUGUUACUCUCAUCUCACAAGGAUCACGUAGGUCAAUUUAUAAUUUGGUGUCACUCUCAUCUCACAAGGAUCACGUAGGUCUAUUUAUAACAUAGUGUCACUCUCAUCUCACAAGGAUCACAUAAGUCGAUUUAUAACAUAGUGUCACUCUCAUCUCACAAAGAUCACGCAGGUCUAUUUAUAACAUAGUGUCAAUCUCAUCUCACAAGGAUCACGUAGGUCUAUUUAUAACAUAGUGUCACUCUCAUCUCACAAUGAUCACGUUGGUCUAUUUUUAACAUUAGUGUCACUCUCAUCUCACAAGGAUCACGUAGGUCUAUUUAUAACAUAGUGUCACUCUCAUUGCACAAGGAUCACACUGAUUUUUGCAAGCUAAUGCUCAGUACUGUUUCUAGAAUGCAAAGUUCUUCUUUAGAUCAUUCAAUCCUCCAGAGACAGAUACCCACACCACUCUACACCAAGGGAUCCAAGCCACUAUCAACAACACAGUAGUGAGACCCUCUGGCCGAUCCCAGCCCACUUUCUUCGUCUUUCGUUAACUCAAAAAAAAAAAAAAAAAUCCAUCCACUCAGUCAAACGUAAAGACCCUAAUCCUUAACAACAAACACGUCAUCCAUCAGAACGGAAAACGUCACCAAUCCAAACUCCAUAGCAACCGCUACACAAUUAACCUCCACGCCAAAUACGCUCACUCACAAAAUAGGCUGAGGGGGGGGGAACAACACAGGAGCGAGGUUAAACAAAAGAGACCGGCUAAGACCUGAUGAUUGGGGCAGUGGUCCCCACAGGUCGGCAUGUGGCCGGGGGGAGGGGCAUAGGAGCGAGGUUAAACAAAAGAGACCGGCUAAGAUCUGAUGAGUGGGGCAGUGGUCCCCACAGAUCGGCAUGUGAGAGGGGGGGGGGGGAAUAUAGCAACCGCUACACAAUUAACCUCCACGCCAAAUACGCUCACUCACAAAAUAGGCUGAGGGGGGGGGAACAACACAGGAGCGAGGUUAAACAAAAGAGACCGGCUAAGACCUGAUGAGUGGGGCAGUGGUCCCCACAGGUCGGCAUGUGACGGGUUCUCGUCUGCUGAUGACGUGAGCAUGGUCUUUGUUUAAAACUGAUCGUUUCCAGAAAUCCUUGAUGAAAGGAAUAAUGCCAAUAACAAACGAUUCCGUUGAAGAUGAGACGGUCAAUCUAGCGUACACAUAAUGUCUAAUGUCUACAAGUACAACAUUUUAACUUCAGCUCCUGGAAAGCACAGACACCAAGAUCGAGGGCCAGGUGUCCAGCGCACUGGCCAAGGCGAAAACGUACUACGAAAGCUGCAUGGACCGGUUCAAGAUACGGAACCAAAGUUUGUCCAAAUUACAAAGGGUAGGUAACCCGUCCAUCACUAUUUCAAGCAGUGUCCAGUGCAUCGACUAUGUUCUCCUGGUAAGUCCUAAGCCUAAAUACAUCGGCUAGGAUCUCCCGGUAUGUCCUUAUCUUAGCCUAAAUACAUCGGCUAGGAUCUCCUGGUAAGUCCUUAUCUUAGCCUAAACACAUCGGCUAGGAUCUCCCGGUAUGUCCUUAUCUUAGCCUAAACACAUCGGCUAGAAUUUCCUGGUCAGUCCUUAUCUUAGCCUAAAUACAUCGGCUAGGAUCUCCUGGUAAGCAAGAGAGAAACAUUGACCUUGACAUUGAGUUUGAAUGUCGACACUUUUCAAGUAUGUUCAGGCUGUCUUGUAUCUGGCAUCCGUCCGUCACAAUGUGACUUCAAUACUUUCCUAGUAUAUUAAGCCGGUGGCUGUCCAGGCUGUCUUGUAUCUGGCAUCCGUCCGUCACAAUGUCACUCAAUACUUUCCUAGUAUAUUAAGCCGGUGGCUGUCCAGGCUGUCUUGUAUCUGGCAUCCGUCCGUCACAAUUUGACGAUGGUGUAGACUUCGCAGGACGGAAUCACCAGGCCUGGGAUUUUGUCUUUAGGAGGAUAAUCUGAUUCCCUAGAUAGUAAAUCGCAUCUUCCCCCACGCACCUGGAUAACUCAGGGAGUAUCAUAUGUAUCUUGUACAAGGCUAUCUUGUAGUAGGGCCUAUAUUAGGGAUAAUAAUUGAAAGCCUUGGUUGUCAAAAGCAAGAGACAGCCGCCAUGUUUUAUUCAUUCAUUUGCUGCUGCACAACAACAUCCGGCCCCCAUAACGGUGUAUGCACACAUAAUACACAUAACAUAUACGGUGUAAAAUCACCAAAAUACCUAAGCAAUUAUUAUACACAAAACUUUCCUAUUUUCUACUCGGAUUUUAUAAGCUGAUCAACGACAAUGGUUCUUGGAACCUAACGACACAUGGGAUAAAUCCAUGGAACUCCAGUACCUGGUCUCUGCAGGCGUCCCUGGUCAAGAUGCACAAGCUGGACACAGGUGUUCUCUUUGACACAGUCGUAAGGCCAAACAUCAGGGACACCGACAGAUAUAUUGUAAUGGUAAGUAAGGAAUCAAGUGGCGUGUCGAAGAGGAACUCAGCAUGAACCGAAGCUCAUCACUAACAAGCAAUCAUCACUGACAAGCAAUCAUCACCAACAAGCAAUCAUUACUGACAAGCAAUCAUCACUAACAGGCAAUCAUCACCAACAAGCAAUCAUCACUAACAAGCAAUCAUCACCGACAAGCAAUCAUCACCAACAAGCAAUUAUCACUGACAAGCAAUCAUCACUGAUAAGCAAUCAUCACCAAUAAGCAAUCAUCACUGACAAGCAAUCAUCACUUACAAGCACUCAUUCUAACAAGCAAUCAUCACUAACAAACACUCAUCACUAAAAUCAUUGUAUUCACUCUAGCUACUCUAUCAUUGUAUUCAAUCUAGCUCUUAUAUCAUUCAAUCUAGCUCUUAUAUCAUUCGAUCUAGCUCUUAUAUCAUUCAAUCUAGCUCUUAUAUCAUUCAAUCUAGCUCUUAUAUCAUUCAAUCUAGCUCUUAUAUCAUUCAAUCUAGCUCUUAUAUCAUUCAAUCUAGCUCUUAUAUCAUUCAAUCUAGCUCUUAUAUCAUUCAUUCUAGCUCUUAUAUUAUACAAUCUAGCUCUUAUAUCAUUCAAUCUAGCUCUUUUAUCAUACAAUCUAGCUCUUAUAUCAUUCAAUCUAGCUCUUAUAUCAUUCAAUCUAGCUCUUAUAUCAUUCAAUCUAGCUCUUAUAUCAUUCAAUCUAGCUCUUAUAUCAUUCAAUCUAGCUCUUAUAUCAUUCAAUCUAGCUCUUAUAUCAUUCAAUCUAGCUCUUUUGUCAUUCAAUCUAGCUCUUUUAUCAUUGUAUUCAUUCUAGCUCUUUUAUCAUACAAUGUAGCUCUUAUAACAUUCAAUAUAGCUCUUUUAUCAUACAAUCUAGCUCUUAUAACAUUCAAUCUAGCUCUUAUAUCAUUCAAUCUAGCUUUUAUAUAAUUCAAUUUAGCUCUUAUAUCAUUCAAUCUCGCUCCUAUAUCAUUCAAUCUAGCUCUUAUAUCAUUCAAUUUAGCUCUUAUAUCAUUCAAUCUAGCUCCUAUAUCAUUCAAUCUAGCCCUUAUAUCAUUCUGUCUAGCUCUUUUAUCAUUCAAUCUAGCUCCUAUAUCAUUCAAUCUAGCUCUUAUAUCAUUCAAUUUAGCUCUUAUAUCAUUCAAUCUAGCUCCUAUAUCAUUCAAUCGAGCUCUUAUAUCAUUCAAUCUAGCUCUUAUAUCAUUCAAUCUAGCUCUUUUGUCAUUCAAUUUAGCUCUUAUAUCAUUCAAUCUAGCUCCUAUAUCAUUCAAUCUAGCCCUUAUAUCAUUCUGUCUAGCUCUUUUAUCAUUCAAUCUAGCUCCUAUAUCAUUCAAUCUAGCUCUUAUAUCAUUCAAUUUAGCUCUUAUAUCAUUCAAUCUAGCUCCUAUAUCAUUCAAUCGAGCUCUUAUAUCAUUCAAUCUAGCUCUUUUGUCAUUCAAUUUAGCUCUUAUAUCAUUCAAUCUAGCUCUUUUGUCAUUCAAUCUAGCUCUUAUAUCAUUCAAUCUAGCUCUUAUAUUAUACAAUCUAGCUCUUAUAUAAUUCAAUCUAGCUCUUUUAUCAUUCCAUCUAGCUAUGCUAUCAUUGUAUUCCAUCUAGCUCCUACCAGCACGCUACUCGGCCAAGGAUGAGCUGUUGGAGAGCCAAGCUGGCAUCGACACCCUUGUGGCCGCCACUGUGAACACGGUCCAGACCUUCUCAGGCGAUGACGAUGUAGACAGAGGGAAAAUUGAGGCCCUGUACGAAUUCGAAAAACAACUUUACGAGGUAUUAGUUUACACACACACACAAGCACACACAGACAAGCACACACCCACACAAACACGCACACAAAAUCACAAACAAACAUAUAAACACACAUACACAUAUACAGUGGAACCUCUCAUUACGAGUAAUUCGCAUAAAGAGCAAACAAAAAUGUGAAGAAGAUGCUCCCUUAACGAGCGAUAUUUCGCAUAACGAGUUACGCAGAAAGGGGAAGUCCCUUUUUCCUGACAUUCAUUUGUGAGCCGGGACUUCCGGGCUGUUAGUGUAUUGUUUUCGUGUGUGAUCACCAGUUUUUACAAAAUUUGUAUUCAGACAGUAUUCUUAAUUUUUUUUAAUGUGCAAAGUUUAAUAACCUGUGCUAAAAUGUCUUCGAAGAAAAAACACAAGAAGACAAUCAUAAGAGAGAAAAAAUAACUGUUGAAAUGAAACGUCAAAUCAUUGAAAAGCGAGAACAAGGUGUGAGCGUGGCUAAUCUAGCGCGCACAUACAAUCGGUCAACAUCAACGAGCUGCACUGUUCUCAAGAACAAAAACACAAUUAAGAAGAUGGAUGCUUCAAAAGGAAACUGUUGCAUCGUACAUCGAGAAGCAUCUCCCUAAUAAGGAGGUGGCUAUUCGUGCUACACAUUUAUUCAAUGCUAAUGCUAUGACACAUUUUCGUCAAAUUUUGAAGCGUCGGCUAAAACAAAUGUCUUUAGACAGUUUUCUAGUUAAAAAGGAUUUAUUAUUUGUCAUAAAUUCAUAUUUUUAUUGACGUUUUGUGUUUCCAAUCUCAAUUGUAUUCCAAGUUGUUACACUCCUUACCAAUUCAUAAGUCAUUUUAAUUUUAUUGGAAGAAAUGUUAAAAACAUUUUUUUGAAAAAUUAGUAUUUUUUCAGCAUGGAACGCAUUAUCGUAUUUUACAUUGAUUUGUAUGGAAAAUAUGGUUUCGUUUAACGAGUAAGAGUCUGGAACGAAUGGAACUCGUUAUGAGAGGUUCCACUGGAUUGGUUUAAGUUGAAAGGUGCUCCCUAUCGUUAUGAGAGGUUCCACUGGAUUGGUUUAAGUUUAAAGGUGCUCCCUAUCGUUAUGAGAGGUUCCACUGGAUUGGUUUAAGUUUAAAGGUGCUCCUUAUCGUUAUGAGAGGUUCCACUGUAUUGGUUUAAGUUGAAAGGUGCUCCCUAUCGUUAUGAGAGGAUCCACUGUAUUGGUUUAAGUUGAAAGGUGCUCCCUAUCGUUAUGAGAGGAUCCACUGUAUUGGUUUAAGUUGAAAGGUGCUCCCUAUCGUUAUGAGAGGAUCCACUGUAUUGGUUUAAGUUGAAAGGUGCUCCCUAUCGUUAUGAGAGGAUCCACUGUAUUGGUUUAAGUUGAAAGGUGCUCCCUAUCGUUAUGACAGGUUCCACUGGAUUCGUUUAAGUUGAAAGGUGCUCCCUAUCGCUAUGAGAGGUUCCACUGGAUUGGUUUAAGUUGAAAGGUACUCUCUAUCGUUAUGAGAGGUUCCACUGUAUUGGUUUAAGUUUAAAGGUGCUCCCUAUCGUUAUGAGAGGUUCCACUGGAUUGGUUUAAAAUGAAAGGUGCUCCCUAUCGUUAUGAGAGGUUCCACUGGAUUGGUUUAAGUUUAAAGGUGCUCGCUAUCGUUAUGAGAGGUUCCACUGGAUUGGUUUAAGUUUAAAGGUGCUCCCUAUCGUUAUGAGAGGUUCCACUGGAUUGGUUUAAGUUGAAAGGUGCUCCCUAUCGUUAUGAGAGGUUCCACUGGAUUGGUUUAAGUUUAAAGGUGCUCGCUAUCGUUAUGAGAGGUUCCACUGGAUUGGUUUAAGUUUAAAGGUGCUCCCUAUCGUUAUGAGAGGUUCCACUGUAUUGGUUUAAGUUGAAAGGUGCUCCCUAUCGUUAUGAGAGGUUCCACUGUAUUGGUUUAAGUUUAAAGGUGCUCCCUAUCGUUAUGAGAGGUUCCACUGGAUUGGUUAAAGUUGAAAGGUGCUCCCUAUCGUUAUGAGAGGUUCCACUGGAUUGGUUAAAGUUGAAAGGUGCUCCCUAUCGUUAUGAGAGGUUCCACUGUAUUGGUUUAAGUUUAAAGGUGCUCCCUAUCGUUAUGAGAGGUUCCACUGUAUUGGUUUAAGUUGAAAGGUGUUCCCUAUCGUUAUGAGAGGUUCCACUGUAUUGGUUUAAGUUUAAAGGUGCUCCCUAUCGUUAUGAGAGGUUCCACUGUAUUGGUUUAAGUUGAAAGGUGCUCCCUAUCGUUAUGAGAGGUUCCACUGUAUUGGUUAAAGUUGAAAGGUGCUCCCUAUCGUUAUGAGAGGUUCCACUGGAUUGGUUUAAGUUUAAAGGUGCUCCCUAUCGUUAUGAGAGGUUCCACUGUAUUGGUUUAAGUUGAAAGGUGCUCCCUAUCGUUAUGAGAGGUUCCACUGUAUUGGUUUAAGUUUAAAGGUGCUCCCUAUCGUUAUGAGAGGUUCCACUGUAUUGGUUUAAGUUGAAAGGUGCUCCCUAUCGUUAUGAGAGGUUCCACUGGAUUGGUUUAAGUUUAAAGGUGCUCCCUAUCGUUAUGAGAGGUUCCACUGUAUUGGUUUAAGUUGAAAGGUGCUCCCUAUCGUUAUGAGAGGUUCCACUGUAUUGGUUUAAGUUUAAAGGUGCUCCCUAUCGUUAUGAGAGGUUCCACUGUAUUGGUUUAAGUUGAAAGGUGCUCCCUAUCGUUAUGAGAGGUUCCACUGUAUUGGUUUAAGUUGAAAGGUGCUCCCUAUCGUUAUGAGAGGAUCCACUGUAUUGGUUUAAGUUGAAAGGUGCUCCCUAUCGUUAUGAGAGGAUCCACUGUAUUGGUUUAAGUUGAAAGGUGCUCCCUAUCGUUAUGAGAGGAUCCACUGUAUUGGUUUAAGUUGAAAGGUGCUCCCUAUCGUUAUGAGAGGUUCCACUGGAUUGGUUUAAGUUGAAAGGUGCUCCCUAUCGCUACGCGUAUUCGGAAAUUUGAUCGAAAGAAAGUUUGUCGACGGAAAAUGGAUCGAAGAAAAUUUGAUCGUACGAGACUUGUUCGAAUCAUUUUUCAGUUCACGCAUUUUACUGUUUUACUAAAUAGUAUAGUGCGUUCAAAAAGAAAUUUGACGAAAAUUUUAACAUGUGAAAUGAACAAAAGAUUCGACCAAAUUUCCGACGAUCAAUUUUCCUUCGACGAAAUUUUUUUCGAUCUAAUUUCCGGCACCCAUCGCUACGUGCUAGCUGCCUCUUUAUAAGCAAUGGCCAUCCCAUUUUAUGACGUUUGUGUAGCAUAUCAUGUUAGUUUUUUGUUUGCUUGUUUCCCCCACCAGUUAACUAGAAAACAAAAUACAAUGACCAACCCACCCAGCCUGACAGAGAACUUGACAGCCACCACCUUGGAUAAAUUACAGGACACCUUAGGCUCAAUGGUAUGGUGUUGAUGGUAGAGUCCUCAAGAAUGAACGACUGCUUAGUUGAACAUUGUCCUCAGGGUCAAUGGUAUGGUGUUGAUGGUAGAGUCCUCAAGAAUGAACGCCUGCUUAGUUGAACAUUGUCCUUAGGGUCAAUGGUAUGGUGUUGAUGGUAGAGUCCUCAAGAAUGAACGACUGCAUAGUUGAACAUUGUCCUCAGGGUCAAUGGUAUGGUGUUGAUGGUAGAGUCCUCAAGAAUGAACGACUGCUUAGUUGAACAAUGUCCUUAGGGUCAAUGGUAUGGUGUUGAUGGUAGAGUCCUCAAGAAUGAACGCCUGCUUAGUUGAACAUUGUCCUUAGGGUCAAUGGUAUGGUGUUGAUGGUAGAGUCCUCAAGAAUGAACGACUGCUUAGUUGAACAUUGUGUUCAUACGUCUUAUUCGGUGUGGGCGUAAUAUGAAACUAUAUUAAAACAAUAAAAAUGGCGCACAAGAUGAAAGCAUAUGAACACAACAAUAUAAUAGCUAGAUGGUGCACGUGAUGAAAGCAUAUGAACAGAAUGACACAAUAGCUAGAUGGUGCACACGAUGAAAGCAUAUGAACACAAUAGCUAGAUGGUGCACACGAUGAAAGCAUAUGAACACAAUGAUAUGAUAGCUAGUCGGUGCACAAGAUGAAAUCACAUGAACACAAUAAUAUGAUAGCUAGAUGGUGCACGUGAUGAAAGCAUAUGAACAGAAUGACAUAAUAGCUAGAUGGUGCACAAGAUGAAAGCACAUGAACACAAUGAUAUGAUAGCUAGUCGGUGCACAAGAUGAAAUCACAUGAACACAAUGAUAUGAUAGCUAGAUGGUGCACAAGAUGAAAGCAUAUGAACAGAAUGACAUAAUAGCUAGAUGGUGCACAAGAUGAAAGCACAUGAACACAAUGAUAUGAUCGCUAGAUGGUGCACAAGAUGAAAGCACAUGAACACAAUGAUAUGAUAGCUAGAUGGUGCACAAGAUGAAAGCACAUGAACACAAUGAUAUAAUAGCUAGUAGGUGCACAAGAUGAAAUUAUAUGAAUGAGUCUAUGAUAAGUUUUAAAAGUUUCUUUACUGAAAAUUAAGCCCCAUAUGCAGCUACAUCACUUGAACUGACACAUUCAUUGUUUGAAAAAGGUUUGGGAAAAUUUACGAAGUUAAGUGAGUGAGUGUUGUGUUAAACUUGAGUGAAGUGUGUGUUGUGUUCAAAUCGAGUGAAGUGAGUGUUGUGUUCAAAUCGAGAAAAGUGAGUGUUGUGCUCAACUUCAGUGAAGUGAGUAUUGUGUUCAACUCAAGUGAAAUGAGUGUUGUGUUCAUAUCGAGUGACCUGAGUGUUGUGUUCAAAUCGAGUGACGUGACUAUUGUUUUCAACUUGAGUGAAGUGUUGUGUUCAACUUGUCAUAUUUAUCAGAUCUCUCUGAGGUGAGGUUGAGUUACGAUGGUCUAGAACUGUUUCUGCAAAUCUAUAAAUAGCUCUCAAUAAAUAUCUCAGAUUGAUUUGAAGGCGUACCUGAAGGAGCUUGUUGGUGGUACCAAACAAUUUACCGCAGAGACUGAGAUUGUGGCGGGGCCUACCGUCUUCUAUGCGUCAUUACAAAAACUUGUCGCUGGGACGGAGAAAGAGUAAUUCUUUCCUUAUCAUUGGCUACAUGCAAUACAUUUUAAUUCUGUUUUUUUGUUUGUUAAGCAUUCAUCCCAUUCUCACAAUGACAGAUACCUAAGCAUUCAUCCCAUCCUUACAAUCACAGAUACCUAAGCAUACAUCCCAUCCUCAUAAUGACAGAUACCUAAGCAUUCAUCCCAUCCUUACAAUCACAGAUACCUAAGCAUACAUCCCAUCCUCACAAUGACAGAUACCUAAGCAUACAUCCCAUCCUCACAAUGACAGAUACCUAAGCAUUCAUCCCAUCCUUAUAAUCACAGUUACCUAAGAUCAAAUCCCAUCCUCAUAAUCACAGAUACCUAAGAUCAAAUCCCAUCCUCAUAAUCACAGAUACCUAAGAUCACAUCCCAUUCUUAUAAUCACAGAUACCUACGAUCACAUCCCAUUCUUAUAAUCACAGAUACCUAAGAUCACAUCCCAUUCUUAUAAUCACAGAUACCUAAGAUCACAUCCCAUUCUUAUAAUCACAGAUACCUAAGAUCGUAUCCCAUCCUUACAAUCAAUGAUACCUAAGAUCACAUUCUAUCUUUACUAUUACGGCCCACCUUACAUUUUGAGUUGUGCAGGCUUGCCAUAGACUUAAGGCUUUAGACCUCAGACUUUAGGACUGCAUGUGUUUAAGACGAUACUUAAUUUGGUAUCUUUACUGUAACACUUGUUGGUUGAAUUCAUUCAGAGUUCUCGCCAACUACCUCACUGCCAUCAUCAUUGUAACACCUGUUGGUUGAGUUCACUCAGAGUUCUCGCCAACUACCUCACUGUCAUAAUCAUUGUAACACUUGUUGAUUGAAUUCAUUCAGAGUUCUCGCCAACUACCUUAUUUGGCACAUGAUAACACAACACCUUGAAUACCUGUCCGAAUAUUUCAUCCAACCGCUGUUGCCGACGAUAACUCGUGGCGACCGUGUAAGCUCCCUUGCCCCUGUGAAGGAGAGGUGCUUCGCCCAAACAGAACAAGUCUUUGGCUUGGCUCUUGGUGCUCUGUACGUUAAGGAAAAUGUUAGGCCUGAACUUAAAGAGAAGGUACGUCAUUGGUAGGCUAUACGUCAUUGGUAGGCUAUACGUCAUUGGUAGGCUUAACGGCAUUUGUAGGCUGUACGUCAUUUGUAAGCAGUAUGUGAUUUGUUGGCAGUACGUAAUUGGUAGGCAGUACGUGAUUGGUAGGCAGUACCUUAUUGGUAGGCAGUUCGUCAUGUAGCUAUCCAAGACAAGUAACAUGUGUCAGUUAACCAAUAUUCUACUCUACCAUCAGGUCAUGUAACCAAUACUCUACUCUACCACCGGGUCAUGUAACCAAUGCUCCACUCUACCAUCAGGUCAUGUAACCAAUACUCUACCAUCAGGUCAUGUAACCAAUACUAUACUCUACCAUCAGGUCAUGCAACAAUACUCUACUCGACCAAUAGGCCAUGUAACCAUGCUCUACUCUACCAUCAGGUCAUGUAACCCAUAAUCUACUCUACUUUCAGGUCAUGUAACCAAUACUCUACCAUCAGGUCAUGUAACCAAUACUAUACUCUACCAUUAGGCCAUGUAACCAUGCUCUACUCUACCAUCAGGUCAUGUAACCCAUACUCUACUCUACCAUCAGGUCAUGUAACCAAUACUCUACCAUUAGACCAAGUAACCAAUGCUCUACUCUACCUUCAGGCCAUGUAACCAAUGCUCUACUCUACCAUUAGGUCAUGUAACCAAUGCUCUACUCUACUAUCAGGUCAUGUAACCAAUACUCUACUCAACAAUCAGGUCAUGUAACCAAUACUCUACCAUCAGACCAUGUAACCAAUGCUCUACUCUCCCAUCAGGUCAUGUAACCAAUGCUCUACUCUACCAUCAGGCCAUGUAACCAAUGAUCUACUCUACCAUCAGGUCAUGUAAUCAAUACUCUACUCUACCAUCAGGUCAUGUAACCAAUAUUCUACUCUACCAUCAGGUCAUGUAACCAAUACUCUACUCUACCAUCAGUUCAUGUAACCAAUACUCUACUCUACCAUCAGUUCAUGUAACCAAUACUCUACUCUACCAUCAGGUCAUGUAACCAAUACUCUACUCUACCAUCAGGUCAUGUAACCAAUACUCUACUCUACCAUCAGGUUAUGAACUUCUUGAAGGAAAUCAAGAAGCAGUUUAUGGAUGGCUUGAAAAAACAAGAAUGGCUGGACAACGACUCGCGCACUAAAGUGUCCAGAAAGGCUGAAAUAAUGACCGCCAAUCUGGGCUACCCGGACUGGAUACUGGAUCCGAUCAAACUGGAUCAAUUCUACAAACAGUUUAACAUCCAGAAGAGUGAAUAUCUCUACAACUACGUAUCGGCCAGGACGGCGCUGAAACAACACAAGAUGCAGAGGUACUCGAAACCAGUCGACAGAUCAGAGUAAGUCUUUCCUUGUUCAGGUGGUCCACAAAUCAGAGUAAGUCUGGGCCUUAUUCAGGUGGUCCACAGAUCAGAGUAAGUCUAGGCCUUGUUCAGGUGGUCCACAGAUCAGAGUAAGUCUGGGCCUUGUUCAGGUGGUCCACAGAUCAGAGCAAGUCUCUCCUUGUUCAGGUGGUUCACAGAUUAGAGCAACCCUUUUCUUAUUCAGGCUGUCCACAGAUUAGAGCAAGUCUUUUCUCAUUCAGGCUGUCCACAGAUUAGAGCAAGCCGUUUCUUAUCCAGGCUGUCCACAGAUUAGAGCAACCCUUUUCUUAUUCAGGGUGUCCACAGAUUAGAGCAAGCCUUUUCUUAUUCAGGCUGUCCACAGAUUAGAGUAAGUCUUUUUUAUUCAGGCUGUCCACAGAUUAGAGUAAGUCUUUUCUUAUUCAGGUUGUCCACAUAUUAGAGCAACCCUUUUCUUAUUCAGGCUGUCCACAGAUUAGAGCAAGCCUUUUCUUAUUCAGGCUGUCCACAGAUUAGAGCAAGCCUUUUCUUAUUCAGGCUGUCCACAUAUCAGAGUAAGUAUUUUCUUAUUCAGGUUGUCCACAGAUUAGAGCAAGCCUUUUCUUAUUCAGGUUGUCCACAUAAUAGAGCAAGUCAUUGAGAGGGUAAAAAACGUUUAGUUAGGAGGAUAUGUCACAUUGUUUGUACUUGGCAUGCGAAGGUAACCAAGGUGGUAAUCCCCGGUGAGUGCACAUUAACUGUCUGCAAAACACCGACUGUGACAAGUCCGCAAAGAACAGACUGUGACAGGGUCCGCAAAAACCGACUGUGACAGGUCCACAAAGCACCGACUGUGACACAUCCACAAAGCACCAACUGUAACAGGUCCGCAAAGCAACUUCUAUGACACAUCCAAAAAGCACCGACUGUGACAAGUCCGCAAAGCACCGACUGUGACAAGUCCGCAAAGCACCGACUGCGAAAAGUUCGCAAAGAACCGACGGUGACAGGUCCGCAAAAAACCGACUGUUCCCCAUCCACCAAUUACCUACUGUGAAAAGCAGCGUCUAUGACACAUCCACAAAGCACGACUGUGACAGGUCCACAAAGCAGCGUCUAUGACACAUCCACAAAGCACGACUGUGACAGGUCCACAAAGCAGCGUCUAUGACACAUCCACAAAGCACGACUGUGACAGGUCCACAAAGCAGCGUCCAUGACACAUCCACAAAGCAAGACUGUGACAGGUCCACAAAGCGGCGUCUAUGACACAUCCACAAAGCACGACUGUCCACAGAGCACGACUGUGACAGGUCCACAAAGCAGCGUCCAUGACACAUCCACAAAGCAAGACUGUGACAGGUCCACAAAGCGGCGUCUAUGACACAUCCACAAAGCACGACUGUGACAGGUCCACAAAGCAGCGUCUAUGACACAUCCACAAAGCACGACUGUGACAGGUCCACAAAGCAGCGUCUAUGACACACAAAGCACUGACUCUGACAGGUCCUCCAAGCAACUUCUGUGACACAUCCACAAAGCACCGACUGUGACAAGUCCGCAAAGCACCGACUGUUACAAGUCCACAAAGCAGCGUCUAUGACACAUCCACAAAGCACCGACUGUGACAGGUCCGCAAAGCAGCAUCUAUGACACAUCCACAAAGCACCGACUGUGACAAGUCCGCAAAGCAGCGUCUGUGACACAUCCAGAAGCACGUACUGUGACAGGUCCGCAAAGCAGCGUCCGUGACACAUCCACAAAGCACCGACUGAGACAGGUCCACAAAAGCAGCGUCUAUGACACAUCCACAAAGCACCGACUGUGACAGGUCCGCAAAGCAGCAUCUAUGACAUAUCCACAAAGCACCGACUGAGACAAGUCCGCAAAGCAGCAUCUAUGACAUAUCCACAAAGCACCGACUGUGACAAGUCUGCAAAGCAGCGUCUGUGACACAUCCACAAAGCACCGACUGUGACAAUUCCGCAAAGCACCGACUGUGAAAAGUCCACAAAGCCCCGGCUGUUACAAGUCCGCUAAGCAACGACUCUGACCAACUUAACCGAGCGAAUUUUAGCAUCUUCUCGUUGUUCAGAAGGUAGUCAUUCGAAAGGCAGACAUUCAGAAAUCAUGCAUUCAAUCCACUCUUUAAAGGACUUACAUGAUAGACACUUAAGAGGCCGACGAUUCUCCCACUAUGCCGCGGACAUAGACAAAUAGAAGGCAAACCUUCAGAAGACAGACAUUUAGAAGGCAGGCAUUCAGAAGCCAGACCUCCCUUAUUUAUUGAGAUCCAUGUUAUGCCAUCAAUUGGUUGUAAUGCCCUGAAGUAAUGGCACUGAAGGUCUUUUAUGUGCAAUGACGCCCCCAACGUGUCUGAAUUCACCAUAAACCGGUUCUACGAAUACAUCACUCCAACACAACCCCCCCCCCCUUUUUUUUCCCAUUAAAGAAAGAAUUAAAAUCCCAUCCCUUUUCUUUCGGUCAGUGAGAUCAGCCAAACAGUUAAUUACACGUGAGACUGUAUGACCAUCGACAACUUAGUUACAAGUGAGACUGUAUGACCAUCGACAACUUAGUUACAAGUGAGACUGUAUGACCAUCGACAACUUAGUUACAAGUGAGAAUGUAUGGCCAUCGACAACUUAGUUACAAGUGAGACUGUAUGACCAUCGACAACUUAGUUACAAGUGAGACUGUAUGGCCUUCGACGACUUAGUUACAAGUGAGAAUGUAUGGCCAUCGACGACUAAGUUACAAGUGAGACUGUAUGGCCAUCGACGACUUAGUUACAAGUGAGACUGUAUGACCAUCGACAACUUAGUUACAAGUGAGGCUGUAUGGCAUUCGACGACUUAGUUACAAGUGAGACUGUAUGACCAUCGACAACUUAGUUACAAGUGAGACUGUACGGCCAUCGACGACUUAGUUACAAGUGAGACUAUAACCAUCGACAACUUAGUUACAAGUGAGACUGUAUGACCAUCGACAACUUAGUUACAAGUGAGAUUGUAUGACCAUCGACAACUUAUUUACAAGUGAGACUGUAUGGCCUUCGACGACUUAGUUACAAGUGAGACUGUAUGGCCAUCGACGACUUAGUUACAAGUGAGACUGUAUGGCCAUCGACGACUUAGUUACAAGUGAGACUGUAUGACCAUCGACAACUUAGUUACAAGUGAGACUGUAUGGCCAUCGACAACUUAGUUACAAGUGAGACUGUAUGGCCAUCGACAACUUAGUUACAAGUGAGACUGUAUGACCAUUCGACAACUUAGUAACAAGUGAGACUGUAUGGCCAUCGACAACUUAGUUACAAGUGAGACUGUAUGACCAUCGACAACUUAGUUACAAGUGAGACUGUAUGACCAUCGACAACUUAGUUAAAGGUGAGACUGUAUGGCCAUAGACAACUUAGUACAAGUGAGCCUGUAUGACCAUCGACAACUUAGUUACAAGUGAGACUGUAUGACCAACGUGUCUGAAUUCACCAUAAACCGGUUCUACGAAUACAUCACUCCAACACAACCCCCCCCCCUUUUUUUCCCCAUUAAAGAAAAAAUUAAAAUCCCAUCCCUUUUCUUUCGGUCAGUGAGAUCAGCCAAACAGUUUAUUACACGUGAGACUGUAUGGCCAUCGACAACUUAGUUACAAGUGAGACUGUAUGACCAUCGACAAGUUAGUUAUAAGUGAGACUGUAUGGCCAUCGACAACUUAGUUACAAGUGAGACUGUAUGGCCAUCAACAACUUAGUUACAAGUGAGACUGUAUGGCCAUCGACAACUUAGUUACACGUGAGACUGUAUGACCAUCAACAACUUAGUUACAAGUGAGACUGUAUGGCCAUCGACAACUUAGUUACAAGUGAGCCUGUAUGGCCAUCGACAACUUAGUUACAAGUGAGACUGUAUGACCAUCGACAACUUAGUUACAAGUGAGACUGUAUGACCAUCGACAACUUAGUUACACGUGAGACUGUAUGGCCAUCGACAACUUAGUUACAAGUGAGACAGUAUGGCCAUCGACAACUUAGUUACAAGUGAGACUGUAUGGUCAUCGACAACUUAGUUAAGAGUGAGACUGUAUGGCCAUCGACAACUUAGAUACAAUUGAGACUGUAUGGCCUUCUACGACUUAGUUACAAGUGAGACUGUAUGGCCAUCAACGAAUUAGUUACAAGUGAGACUGUAUGACCUUCGACGACUUAGUUACAAGUGAGACUGUAUGGCCUUCGACGACUUAGUUACAAGUGAGACUGUAUUGCCAUCGACAACUUAGUUACAAGUGAGACUGUAUGGCCAUCGACAACUUAGUUACAAGUGAGACUGUAUGGCCUUUGACGACUUACUUACAAGUGAGACUGUAUGGCCAUCGACGACUUAGUUACAAGUGAGACUGCAUGGCCAUCGACAACUUAGUUACAAGUGAGACUGUAUGACCAUCGACAACUUAGUUACAAGUGAGACUGUAUGGCCUUCGACGACUUAGUUAAAAGUGAGACUGUAUGGCCAUCGACAACUUAGUUACACGUGAGACUGUAUGACCAUCGACAACUUAGUUACAAGUGAGACUGUAUGGCCAUCGACAACUUAGUACAAGUGAGCCUGUAUGACCAUCGACAACUUAGUUACAAGUGAGACUGUAUGACCAUCGACAACUUAGUUCUAAGUGAGACUGUAUGACCAUCGACAACUUAGUUACAAGUGAGACUGUAUGGCCAUCAAUUAUCCAGAGACAUGUUAAAAGUUUUUAACGUUGUAUUCACAGAUGGGACAUGGAUGUCAGCCCCUACGGGGUCAAGGCCGUCUAUGAUACUCAUAUGAACGGAAUCACUGUACCGGCUGGCUUGUUUCGGGCACCACUCUAUGUGCCAUCUGUCUCAGAGUGAGUUAACGAGAGGGGGGAUCACUGUACCGGCUAGCUUGUUUCGGGCACCACUAUAUGUGCCAUCUGUCUCAGAGUGAGUUAACGAGAUGGGGGAUCACUGUACCGGCUGGCUUGUUUCGGGCACCACUAUAUGUGCCAUCUGUCUCAGAGUGAGUUAGCGAGAUGGGGGAUCACUGUACCGGCUGGCUUGUUUCGGGCCCCACUAUAUGUGCCAUCUGUCUCAGAGUGAGUUAACGAGAUGGGGGAUCACUGUACCGGCUGGCUUGUUUCGGGCCCCACUAUAUGUGCCAUCUGUCUGAGAGUGAGUUAACGAGAGGGGGGAUCACUGUACCGGCUGGCUUGUUUCGGGCCCCACUAUAUGUGCCAUCUGUCUCAGAGUGAGUUAACGAGAGGGGGGAUCACUGUACCGGCUGGCUUGUUUCGGGCACCACUAUAUGUGCCAUCUGUCUCAGAGUGAGUUAACGAGAGGGGGGAUCACUGUACCGGCUGGCUUGUUUCGGGCACCACUAUAUGUGCCAUCUGUCUCAGAGUGAGUUAACGAGAGGGGGGUGUGGAGGAGAGAAAGGGGAGGGAGAGAGAGUGGGGAGAAUGAGUUAGUGGGAUGGGGACAAAGAGAGACGGCUUGAGAGAGAGAGAAUAAAAGAGUGUGAUAGAGAGAGAGAAAAAAAAAUUGAGAGAGAAAGGGAAAUAUAUAUAUAUGAGAGAGAGAGGAGAGAGAGAGAGAGAGAAAGAAAGAAUAAAUAUUAGCUACGUCACUGAAUCAACUGAGAGGGAGAGAUAAUGAGAGAGAGUGAGAGAGGGAGAGAGAGUGUGAGAGAGAGAGAGAGAGAGAGAGAGACAAUAAAUAUUAGCUACGUCGCUGAAUAAACUUGUCAAUCCUAUUUUCUAUGUGACUACCUCAACUUGUCAGUCCUAUUUUCUAUGUGACUGCCUCAACUUGUCAGUCCUAUUUUCUAUGUGACUGCCUCAACUUGUCAGUCCUAUUUUCUAUGUGACUGCCUCAACUUGUCAGUCCUAUUUGUUACGUCAUUUGUUCAACUUGUCUUUUCCACAGGGCGCAUGCGUAUGGUUCAGUGGGAUCGAUACUAGGUCGAGAGUUCCUUCGCGGCUUCGAUACCACAAGAGUGAUGUAUGACCAGGAUGGCGAGUACUACCAACUCUUAUCACCUGACAUCCACGAGAGAUUCGCCGAGCGCACCGCCUGCCUGGUCGAGCAGUAUGACAAGUUCCAG